GUAAAACAAUGACGACCCCUAACAACGGCGUGAAGCUCAUCAUUUUCGACAAGGACGGCACUUUGCUGGAUUUUCACAAAAUGUGGAUGCCAUACGCGACUACAACCGUCCGAUUGUUGGAAGCCGCCACCAAUCUUCGUGUCGGGCCGGCUAUCUACAAGACUUUGGGCGUUGAUCCGGUUGCUGGAAAGGUCUCGAUGGGAGCACUCGCCGAGAAGACGCUCACCGGCAUCCGUGAGGACAUCUCCUUGACUCUUCAGACCUUCGGACUCCUACCAGUUGAAGCCGACGCGAUUGUCCAGGGAUGUGUCCCAGAAGCAUCUCCAGGUGAGAUGUCACCAGUCUGUGAUAUGCCAGCGCUGUUCACCACGCUCAAGUCGAUGGGGAUCAAGAUUGCCGUGUGCACCGCUGAUUCCAGAGCAGCUACUAUGGAUCAGAUGAACAAGAUGAAUGUGAUACCAUUCCUUGAUGACAUCAUUUGCGGAAAUGAUGUUGGCAUCGUGCCAAAACCAUCCCCACACUGUGCGAUUCAGAUUUGCAAGCGAUUGGGCGUCGAGUUGAAGGAAACCUUGAUGGUCGGCGACACGAUUGCCGACUUGAAAAUGGGCAAAAUUGCGGGUCUACGAGCAAGUGUGGCUGUGAUGACGGGCGUCGGAACGCGUGACACGUUGGCACAGUAUUCGGAUUAUUUCCUCGAGGAUAUCAGUGAACUUCCACAUUUGAUCACAAAAACCAUGACAGAGGACACUAAACGCGGAUGAGAACUGAACUGACCCAGCAAAAAAUCAAUAAAUUCCAUAAUUUUUUUUCUCCACAAUUUUUAUCCCCUUGUAAAUAGACUUUCAGUCUCUUUUAUACUGAUCUAUCGAUCUAUUUUGAUCUCUUCUCUUCGCCACUUAUUUCCAUUGAAAAAGCAAUAAUUUCUGAAAAACUCACUUGUAGAUAGUCCUUGCUCUCUCUCUCUCUGAAACUUGUAGAACAAAUAAAUUUAUUUUAUUUUG